CGACACCGUUGGAGCACAGCACCCUCUGCCAAGUUCCCAGCCAAUGCAGAAGAUCCAUACCCGUACAAAUACAAAAUAAAUCCCUCUUCAACGCACCGCUGAAUUUCUGAAGCUAAUUUCGCAAUGUUACGCAGGUCACUUACACAGCUCGCAUCCAGCAAUUCAUUCAGUAGGCUUCCUUUGCAAGCUACAACUCAGAUACCUUCAUACCUUUCUUCCAGAAGGGAAUUUUCUGUUUCCCCGAAGAAUGGACCAAAGAAGCUAGAUCCAGGAAGCACCCCUGAACCUCAGAGCCGUGUACCAAAGAUUCUCACUGGAGGUCUUGCGUUGGGUUCUGUCCUCCUGGCUGCGUACUAUUAUGGUGCUCUUGAUGAGUACAUUGGGAAGCAAAAAGAAAGCAUCAGAGAAUACACCAACACCGGGAUUGGUGAUAAGGCUACAGAGGCAUUUCCAGGACAAAAAGACACAUACAAUCCAGCUAGUGGAAUGAUUACUGUAAUUCCUGAUAACACCUCAAGGCAAUCAGGUGAAUCAAGUCCCAUUGUGGACCAUGGCAAACAAGAUGCUGAAACACAUGCAGAGCCACAUGUUCCAGGAGACUCGAUGAGAACUGAAGAAGAGAAAAGUUUUCAAGAAAAACUUGCUAAAGUUGAGACACUAUUGAAUGCCGAUCAUGUUGAAAGUAGCGAUAUUCCUAAUGUUCCUCAAAGCAGCUCAUUGUCAGGUGAUGGAACUAGUAAACCGGCUGAAGAAAGUGUUGAUCUGAAGGGCCUGGGGUUGGGAGCUGAUGAGCCAGAGCACAAGGAAAUAGAGACCACAACCACUUUUACUUCAGCUGAUAAUACUUCUGCUGACUCUGUAGUAACAUCUGUACAAAGCGAGCCAACCACAACUGAUGACAUACAAGAGGUUUUCCAGGAUGGUAUAGCACAAAAAUCUGAUUCGCUCCUCAACGAUUAUCUAUUAAAAGACAAUUCUGAAGGAUAUGCUUCACCUUCAUCAAAAAAUCACGAGAAGAUUGAUCUUUUCUCGGAUAUACUUUUUACAUCUGAUAUUGAACUAUUGAAGGAUACUAGUUCCACAGUAGAAGAUGCCCAUGGUGGUUACAUAACAAAUGAUGUGAACCUGAUUAUUGACUUCUUGCAAGCAAUACAUGCUGCUGAACAAAGGCAAGCAGAGAUGGACGCUCGUUCUUUUGCAGAAGAAAAGAGAGCAAUGAAGGAGAAAUAUGAAAAGGAACUUAAGGACGCACGAGUCAGGGAACUCAUGUAUGCUGAGAGGGAAGCCAUUUUGGAUAAGGAAUUGACAAAAGAACGGGUUAAAGCAGCUGCCGCACUCAAAUCUCUUCAAGAAACAUUAGAAGAGCAACUCAAAACUGAACUUGAGCAGAAGGAAAUGGAAGUGGAACAAAGACUGAAGGAAAUGCAAGAUAUAGCUAAAGCUGAACUGGCUGCGGCAAUUUCAAUUGAGAAGGCUUCUCAGAUUGAGAAAAUGGCUGAAGCCAAUCUUCAUAUAAAUGCUUUGUGCAUGGCAUUUUAUGCGCGCUCUGAAGAAGCUCGCCAGAGUCACUCUGUGCACAAGCUUGCUCUGGGUGCACUGGCACUGGAGGAUGCACUAUCCAAAGGGUUACCAAUUAAAAAGGAAAUAGAGACCGUCCGCGAUCAUCUUGAAGGCAUUGACAAAGACGCACUUAUACCUCUAGUUCUAUCGUCACUUCCCGAAGACACUCAAAAAUACGGAACAGAUACCCUGUCCCAAUUGAAUCACAAGUUUGAUGCCAUGAAGGGGACACUGAGGCACUUCAGUUUAAUCCCACCUGGUGGCGGAGGGAUAUUGUCGCACUCAUUGGCUCAAGUUGCUUCGUGGUUAAAGGUUAAGGAGGCUGAUCUGUUGGGCGAAGGAGUUGAAUCUGUCAUAAACAGAGUCGAGAUUUUGUUAGCUCAAGGCAAACUAUGCGAAGCUGCAGAUACUCUUGAGAACGGGGUUAGAGGCAGCCAGGCAGCAGAAGUCGUUACCGAUUGGGUCUGGCGAGCUAGGGACAGAGCCAUCACAGAGCAAGCUUUGACGGUCUUGCAGUCCUACACCACUUCCAUCAGCCUAACCUGAACCCACUAUACAACAUGUCAAUUUUUGAUUUUCUGAAGCCACAAAGGUUCGUCUCCAGCCUAUAAAGUAACUCAAAACCAAAUGCAGAGGUUUCUUUCCCUUCUUUAUACUGUUGUACGGCUCCAUGAAAAAUAAAGUCCUAAAUAUGUUUCCAGAGACUACAGUAUGUGUGAACUGGAGCUUACCUGUGACUUCUGAUGUAGAAUAUUUUUGCAAAAGGUGACUUCGUUAUGUGUA